AUGGAAGCGUUUGAAUUCAACCGAUUGGUAUUUGGCCUCAAGGCGUCGCCAUAUCUAGCCUGCCGUGCCGUCAAGGAGGUUGGAAGCAGAUUUGGCUCUAACUACAGUGACAUGGCUCGUAGUGCUAUCGACCGGUCUCUGUACGUGGACGACCUGCUCAAGUCCUGUCCUACAACUGAUAGCGCUAUCACCACUCAGCGGGAAGUCCAGUCCCUCCUGCAACAUGGUUCAUUCCACCUGCGCAAAUGGCGGAGCAACGACCGCCAAGUGCUGGAGGCUAUACCCGAGGCAGACCGUGCUACAGAUUCGCUACUGCAUCUCAGUAGCAACGACAACCCGACCAUCUCCAAUCCAGUCAAGACACUCGGCGUAGCUUGGAAUGCGAGAGAUGAUGUGUUCACCUUCGUUUACAAAGCAACAUCACCGCAGCAACUCACGAAACGAUCAGUGUUGUCCAAGAUGGCUACCAUCUAUGAUCCACGAGGUCAGCUGUCACCCUUCACUAUCCGUGCACGGCUGAUGUUCCAAGAGCUAUGUACGCAGCAGAAGGAUUGGGACGCCGCAGUGUCUGAUGAACAGAGCUCUAAGUGGCAGCGGUGGUUUGCGGAAUUACCAUUGCUGGCAGAGAUCAAGGCCGAUCGAUGUUUCAAGGAUGCACGUCGUCCUCCAGAGUCCGCGGCACUCUCAGUGCACGUCUUCACCGAUGCGUCAUCGCAUGCAGUCGCUACAGCAGUAUACGUGCGCUGCGAGUACCCUGAUGGCUUCGUGAAAGUCACGCUCGCAUUCGCCAAAGCCAAGACUGCGCCAAUCAAGCCAACCACCAUCCCGAAGCUCGAACUUCGUGGCGCAGCCCUGGGAGUACGUGCGAGUCAAGUCGUAGCUCGAGCGCUAGACAUACCAGUAGAGAAGCAUGUAUACUGGACUGACUCAACCAACGUUCUGUACUGGCUGCGCAGCAACGCCAAGAACUUCCGGAGCGACAUUGCCACUCGUAUUGUUGAGAUCCAGAAGAGUACUACAGCCGAUCAAUGGCGCCAUGUGCCAGGCAAAGUCAAUCCAGCCGACCUCGGCACCCGUGGCGAGCGCGCAGCCGACUUCAUACGGAACGAUACCUGGUGGAGAGGACCCCAGUUUCUGCAGUCGGCACCGGCAGAAUGGCCGAAAACCAACCUCACUGUGCCAGCUCAGCUCCCCGGACAACUGAAGAAGAAGCCAGCCAUCACGUUCGCCGUCGAACAUGAACAGAUCAGGCUAAGCCCAUCUACGUACUCGUCCUGGUCGCGGCUAGUACGCAUCACGGCAUGGUGCUUGCGAUUCCUAGGCAACCUGAGAGCAAGGAUCACGAGGGGGCGAGCGGUUCCCACCAGCGCGGUAGUGGUACCAUUGCAACAGACUGACGGGACGUCUGCAAAGAGUGCAGCCAGCAACUCCACAGACCAACACGCUACGGAGGAGUUGUCGCCGCAAGAACUGCAGAAAGGCGACUUGGUGCUGUGCCCAAGUCCGGAUGGGACACGUGGCCAGUGGCCACUAGGCAGAGUCGUAGGAACCCAUCCAGGAGCCGAUGGUCAUGUAAGGGUAGUGGACGUGAAGAUCGCCGACAAGAUCAAGCGCCGGAGUGUUCACCAGCUUGUUCCAUUGUGUGCAGAUAGUGGCUGA